AUGGACAGCACCAGUCAGUGCUCUCUCUCUCGAGUUGAUCACCGGCACCGCGCUCCUGAGCCCCACCACCCAAAGCUAAUAAUUCUUCUCCUCUCCUCCAACCCAUGCGCUGUCACCGGAACAGUCACGCGCUUACUCGUCGCCACGAAACAACUACUCGAGGGUGAGCACCGUGACUCUCCAGUGGGUAGAUGACCCGAGGCAUGCAAGUGCCGACGCAUUCACCCUCAAACAGGUCUGGCGAGAUGGGCCCGAGGCGAUCUGAGCGAAGAUGCCAUCAGCGAGAUCUACGUCAAGCUGGGCAACGAUUUCAACCUCGCUGUCGCCGCUUUUGCAAAGGAGAAUAUCGGCAUGAGGUGAGCGCAUACGGGAACCCGCGGUCGAGACGAUACCAAGAGCUGACACCCAUGUGGGGCGGCCGCCAUAGUGAACUGCUUUCGGUCCCUGGCGAUCUGAGGAUAUGUCUCGAGACGUGCUUGUCCGAAGAACCCUCGCAAGCGACGCUCGAGCGUCAUCUCCCCAAAGUACGACAGAUCAUCAUUGGUCUACUGCACGGGCUCAGGGAGAAGCAGAGGUUGUAUAGGGACAAUUCGGCCGCGAGGAGGGUGCGCGAGACCCAGGAGAGGGAGCAGGCUAGAGCGAAGCAACUGGCUCAGCUUCAACAGGCGCAGAAACAACAGCAACAGGCGAACGCGCCGGCUUCCGGAGGAGGAGGAUCACCGCCGACGGGAUCGGGGGCUGGACCUUCCGAUCGAGGGAGCACUUACUCCGUCGCUUCGUCGACGGGGUCAUCCUCUGCGACUGGCCAUCCAUCGACCCGACCUUUGAUCGGCAAGGAACCGUUAAGUCCUGACAGCGCCACGAGGUCCAGGGACGAUCUGAGGAGGUUCGUCAGUCAGGCGCAGCAACAGCACCCACCGCCGACGGCGUCGACCAGUCAGAGUCUACCGGGGACGAGAAGUACGUCACCUUUACCACCGCCUUUACCUGGGAUGGCUCUACCGGCACUACCAUCGACUUCCGGUUCGGGAUCGAGACCCUCACUCGAGUCGCGAUCAUCGCUUUCGAAUGACGAUCUCCCGAGAGCCGGCACGGGACAGAGCGCGAUCCCGCUCGUCACAGCCUCGCCGAAGAUGGUCAAAUCGAAUAGCAAUGAGCGCGACUCUUACGGCACGAGUGAGGCCGAGUUUGGCACACUGCCUUCGGUAUUACCAUCAUCAGAGUUUAGGAAACCGAGCUCGAAUGGGAGUCUACGUCGAAGGAGCUUGGAACGAUUGAGGGCUCAUUCCCCACCGCCUCCGCCAAGGGAUAAGGAGACGGUGCCUUUGCCCAGGACGCCGACGCACGAUACGAGCCCAAUCAACGACUUUCCUACCUCACCACGAACGUCCUUCCCCGACCCGACGAACGGGUCGACCUCGGCGCCUCCUUCGGUUCCAGUUCAUUAUCGACGCCCCAGCGCCGCAAUCUUGGCUGCCGCAGCGGCCGAACCACCCCCUCCCCCACCGGCGGGUACGAUGGCGCAAAUGCAAUCGCUCGAAGCUUUGAGGCAGUCCGACAAUCUGUCUCGGAGGGCCAGUCGAAGGUUCUCGGCCUAUGCGAUUCAGAAGAUCACGACGGGGUCGGGGUCGCCCAGUCGAUCACCGGGUGAGAGGAGGAUCAUUUCCGGUCCGUCGCCGAUGGGAGCAGGGAGUGGAGGCGGAGGGAGCGGAGAGCCUGGAGAUGGUGGAUCGUCGCUUCCUCGUAGUGCUUCGGCUGGGAGAGAGCUGGCGAUCGCGGAUGAACGAGGUGGGAUGAGACGUGGUGGGCCCAACAACUCCUCGAUGACGGCACCGGCCCGGAAAGCCAAGAGUGAGUUCCGACCGACGAGAGGUGGGACGACCGUCGCAUCUCCUUUGGCACAAAGGGAGACGGGAGGGAUUGCGACCAUUGCGGAGGAGGGAACGGGAGGUACUCGGGAGGGAUCACCGAGUGCCGGUUCGUCGUCGUCGCCGAGUCGGAAUGGGGCUGCGAACCGAACAGGUUCGAUGAGGAUACCCCCUCCGACGGCGGACUUGCCUGCUACUCCUUCUUCGUCGUCGGCAUCCACUCCGUCGAUAACUGAAGGAGCCGGACCCACUUCUGUCGGCCCCGUUCGCAACGCAAGCACCUUGACGACCGUCUCGACGGACAGUGACUCGCACGACUACCCUCUCAACGUCUUCCUCCAAAUCGGUCGAGAAGUCAAAAAGGCGCGCUUGGUCGACGAACCGACGAUCGCGUCGCUCAAACUUGUCUUUGUCGAACGAUUCCAGUACAACCCCGGGGCAAACGAUUUUCCCGCUAUUUAUGUGAGGGAUGGGGAGUUCGGGAUUAGUUACGAGUUGGAAGAUAUGAAGGAUGUAAGAAAUGGGAGUGUGUUGAGUCUGAACAUCGAUAGUGAGUGUUGGGGUCUAGUGGAUCAGGGAUUGCUUCCGUGUAGUUGACUGAUGUCCUUUCUGCCUAUCCCCGAAGCCGUCGAACAAGUCAAGCAACACAUCGACCAAGGCUUGUUGACUCUCUCGCAGGACAUCAAGGAGCUGCGAUCAACCAUGACGGCGAUGCGACGCGUCUCGACCCACGCCGGCAUGUUCAGCCCCGAACUGACGACGCCUGCCGCGGCGCAGACCCUGCCCGAACCGAGCGAGCAACAGUACCAGGAUGCGGCGCAGAAGGUCUUGCGCAUGCGACGGCUCGGCUCGAUCCCCAACAUGGCUGCUAGUGCGAACGCGGACAAAACUUCGCCUAGCGAUCCCAAGACGCCCAAGCCUUCGCAGGCCAGUACUUCGAGCGUUGGUGCUCCGCCCCUGCCUGCUGCUCCAAUGGGCUCCCCUACUCUUUCAUCGAGCUCCAAGAUGGGUGGUGGUGGUGGUAAAGGAGCACUCGACGCGAACCAAGUCGUCGAGACACUCCGGACGCAACACAAACAAGUGCAAGACCUACGGCGCGAACUCGGCGUCCUACGCCAAGUCUAUAGCGAUUUCGGGCACCACACCAAACACAUCUUCGCGGCGAUGAAGGUCGAGACCUCGCGCGUGCACAAACUCGCUUCGGCGAGCAAAGUCGGCAAGUCGAGAACUUUCGUCGAAGCGGGCGUACAAAAGUUGGAUGCGGACGUUUCCGAAUUGGUCGUCAAGGUGGACGAGAUCUCGGAUUCGAUCGAGUUGAUGCGAGCGGAUGUCGUGCGAGGCGUUCGACCUCGGCCUGGGUACCUUAGUGAGACGGCGCUGACGUUGAAGAAGAUCGUUGAACAGAGGGACGCUGUUGCGGAAAAGUUGGGCACGACCAAGCCGAUGUGGGCGCAUACCUGGUCCGAGGAAUUGGCCAAGGUGUUGGGCGAGCAAGAGACGGUGCAGAAGCACGAAUCGAUGUUGGUUGAUCUGUGCGAUGACCUCAAUGACGUCAAGGACGUUUUGAAGAACAUUGAGGCCGUCGCCAAAUCGACGAAGAAGUUGCAUCGGACCAAGAGUGGGCAUCGUCUAGCGGGCAGUGGCGAUGAUGGUACGGAAGGGAACGACCUCGAUCUCGGUCAGUCCUUGUCGAACGUCUUGCUCGAGGUCAAGCAUCUCCAACCCGACGCGAACAGACGCUUGGAAGCGAUCGCGAGAGCGGAGAAACAACGCGAGGUCGACAAUGCGAAUAGGACGGACGAGUUCGCGGACGAGUUGGAAGAGUUCGUACAGGGGGCCAAGUUGAAGAAGAGUGGUGGGGUUGAGGAGGCGGAGAGGUUGAGGCAGGCGAGGAGUGAAGCGACGCUCAAGGCUAUGUUUGCUGGUUAA